AUGCAUAUACCAUCUGCUAUUAUCUUGGGUCUUCUGGGCCAGGCCACGAGCUCAUAUGUUUGGCCGUCCAAGUAUGACCACUUGGAAGAUCUACUGGCCAUGCACUCUGGCUAUUUGAGAUUUGGGUUUUCGGACUUGGUUGUGCCGUGUGGGUUUGGCUCAGGUUUGCCCGGCGUUCAAAAUGCAGCAGAAUGGGUUCGCUCGGUAUUCCAUGACAUCGCCACGUUUGAUGCGUCCACCGGCGUAGGGGGCCUUGAUGCAUCUCUCCAGUUCGAGCUCGACAGACCGGAAAACGUUGGGUCUGCGUUCAACAACACUUUUGCGGCUAUGUAUGAUUUCAUCACGCCACAGUCCUCAGUGUCAGACCUGCUCGCCCUUAGUCUCGUGGCCGCAUUGGCCGCGUGCGAUGGACCAAAAGUCCCUCUUCGUGCAGGCCGCGUGGAUGCAACAGAGGCGGGCCCGGCUGGCGUCCCCAAGCCAGAGGAUGACCUUGAGAGCACCCGAAAGGCAUUUCUCAGAGCUGGAUUCAACGAUGAGGACAUGAUUACGAUGGUAGCUUGCGGCCACAGUCUCGGCAACGUUCAUAGCGUCAACUUCCCGGAGUUGGUUUCUGGCGAGGCCACGGAGGAGAACGUUGCGCCGUUCGACUCCUCGCCCACAAAUUUUGACAACACAGUGGUAACGGAGUAUCUUGACGACAGCACGUCAAACCCACUCAUAGUCGGGGCCAAUGACACAAUGAAGUCAGACAAGCGCGUUUUCGGUGCCGAUGGCAACGCAACCAUGUCCGCCCUUGCUGACCCCGCCAACUUCCAGGCCAAAUGUGCCGAUAUCUUCGAGCGCAUGCUCGACACUGUUCCAUCGACAGUCACCCUGAGUGAUCCGAUAGAGAUCGUCGAUGUGAAGCCUUACAUCGAUCCUCUGCACUUGCAAGAGGAUGGUUCCGUCUUGCUGCAGGGGCGCGUCAGAGUGCGGAACAACCCAGAACUGAAGAUCAACGGCGACGACCUUGAGGUGUCUCUUAGCUACCGGGACCUCUCCGGGGCCAGCAUCUCAGAGCCCGUCGUAGCUAACCGAGCCCGCGCAAGAGGUGGGCAGUCGUUUGGAUUCUGGGACAAUACGUUCACCUGGUUUGAAUUCUCCCAGUCCCUCAACGCCACUGCGUCCAUCCGCGACUUCGACAUUCAUCUUAAGACCCCGUCAAGUGGCGCUCUGUUGGUGCUGGACAACGAAGGCACUGGAGGCUAUGCCGUGACGUCCGAUCUGUUGUAUCAACAACCGGAAUCUUGCCUCAUCAACAAUGGGGCAGCAAUGGCUUUAUCCGUGACUGCGGCUCUGCGGAACGACCUGGUGGAUGCUAACAGCCCACCCGUUCUGCACCUCGCUCACCGUGUUGCUCGACCUGGAGUGAUGCUCCCAAGAUUGCAGCUUGAGACGAUCGCCUUUGAGCCGAUUCCCGGCGUGGAGAAGAGCGGGUAUCAAUAUUUCCGGGCCAACGCGACCGUUGAGGCGAGUGGUUGGAGUACAACUUUCGACAUCGAGGCCGGGGCGGGUGCAGGCGGGAAAGUACAUCGUCUUGAAUUGUUGAAAACCAACGCGCUGUCAGAUACAUGUGGAUCGAUAUCUUAG